UAUUGGGAAGUGAACGUUCAUGUCUAUUUUUGGCCAUUAAUCGAGCUUGUUCCGUGCGAAUGUAAUAUAAAUAUAACAGAAGAAAAGAGAAGAGAAGAAAAGCAAUUACAGUAACUAACAAACAGGACUCAUUCGAAUAAUCGAAUUGAAUCAUCAAAUCAAUGAAGAAGGAAAAGGAAAAGGAAAAGGAAAAGGAAAAGGGUGUGGUGGUUUCAAGCCCCGUCAGUGGCGAAGACAGCGAUGAUAAGCAACAUCCUUCCUUCCCCUCCGUUAGAUUCUCUUCCCGCAACGCUUCCUCUAAAUACGAUUUCGUCAAGGUAAAGGUGUGGUUGGGUGAUAAUGCGGACCACUACUAUGUUUUAUCCAGAUUUUUGCUCAGUAGAAUGCUAACGGUAACCAAGAUUCCAAACCAUGUAGCUAUCAAAAUUGCUCUCGAAUUGAAGAAGCUGCUCAUAGACAACAGCCUUUUAGAUGUCUCUCAGUCUGAUUUGGAAGCCAACCUAUUUAAGCUUAUGGAGCGGCGGGGAUAUGGAGUUGAGUACAUAAAUCGUUAUAAGAUGAUGACAAGAUUUCACCAUCAAAGGGUUCCAUUAGUGAUCCUUGUCUGCGGAACUGCUUGUGUUGGGAAGUCUACUAUUGCCACCCAGCUUGCACAGAGGCUAAAUUUGCCAAAUGUAUUACAGACAGAUAUGGUUUAUGAAUUGCUGCGCACAUCAACAGAUGCACCAUUGGCAUCGACUCCUGUUUGGGCCCGAGAGUUCAGUUCAUCAGAGGAGUUAAUAACUGAAUUUUGCAGAGAAUGCAGAGUUGUCCGUAAAGGUUUGGCUGGUGAUUUAAAAAAGGCAAUGAAAGAUGGAAAACCAAUUAUAAUUGAGGGAAUACAUUUGGAUCCUAGCAUUUAUUUAGUUGAUGAUGAGCAUAAAUCGCCUUCUGGUGUACAGGCAGAAAAUAAAGAGAUAAAUCCAGCAUCUGUGGUAUCGGAUGAUAAUGCUUCGGUACAAGUAAAAAAUAUUUAUGUGUGUAAUGGUGAUGAGAGUAAUGGUGGAUCAAGGAUUUUGAGCUCCAACGAGGGAGUAUCUGCUGAUCAGUUUGAUGAGGUAUCAAAUUCUAUGACAUCCAUGGACUUACUUGGAAGCAUCUCUGGACAUAAAGUUUGUCAUGCAGGUGCUUCCCUUAGAGAACUGGAGACAGAUAGACCUACUGUUAGUAAGGAGAAGUCAGGUCCCAAACCAAUAAUUGUGCCUAUUGUUUUGAAGAUGGCUGAAUUUGAUCAUAAGGCAUUACUUGAGGAGUGGAUCUCCACUCGUACAUAUAAUGAUAAAUGCACAGAUCAGGAUAAUGAUAAACUUAUAGCCAACUUGAAAACCAUACAGGAUUAUCUGUGCUCGUUCACAUCACAGGGGUUGACUGUGGUCAAUGUAUCAGCGACAACAUUUCCUCAGACAUUGGAUUGGCUGCAUAACCACCUUCUUCAGUGCAUCGAGCAAGGUAUAUCAUUAGGGUCAUCUGAAAAUGUUACCCAAGUAGCUGCAGCAUAGUUCAUGUAAUGUUUUCAAUUUUGACAGUGAUGGUUUCUAGAUUCAACUUCACGUUGAAAGUGGAUGAUGCUGGAAGAUAAGUUAUGAAAUAAAGAAGGAAACUAGUCUGUUCAUGUAAGAUGCUGACUCUGCCAAGCCCCUGUUCAAAGCUAUCUGCUCAACUCAUCGCUGGCCUCAUUAUGGGCUGAAUAUCUCAUUUUGUGAGUAGAUAUGAUGGCUUGGAGAAAGAAAGAAGCAUGCAUGCCAUCAUAAAAUUUGUAAUUAUUGGGUUAUCAACAUUUGCAAAUGAAAUUAUUGUAUGAUUAUGCGUUUUGGUGGGGAAUCUCAUACUACAUUGCAUUAUGAGUGCCCCAAAAGAGGAAUAUCAUAGCUAUUUAAUCUUUUUAAGAUUACACAUCGAGGGGUAUACGUUUUGCCAGGCCUAAUCCCUUGAUACGGUGUUUGAUGGCUUUUCCAUCUUAAAUUUAUUUACCCGAAAAAUAUAUUUGGA